CUCGGUAUGCAUCUGAGUUCAGCUUCGACGAACUGUGACUGUACAAUUGUUCGAAAACAAUCAUUUCUAUGCUGAUGUCAUUUCACAUAAAAAUAUGUCAAUAGGCCUUCACGUUCCUCAUGUCUUCCAUCGAAUUUUUUCUGGGCUGCACUGACACGGAGACAAAUAUAGACUGUCUUAUGAUAGUCGGUUGCGCGAUACUUGGUAUGGUAAAGACAAUAUGGUUCCGUAUUUAUGCAAAAAAUUUGACUCAUAAUUAUAGUUCUGCUGUGAAUGAUUACCUAACGAUUGAAAACGCAAAAGAACGUACCAUCAUGCGGAAGUACACUUUUAUGGGAAGAGCUCUUUGUUCUUUAAUUUUAAGCUUCGCUUAUAUUAGCACUAUGAUGUACGCGUUAAUUCCUUUUCUGGAUUUUGAUGAAAUUGAGCAAGUUAAUAUAACGAAUGAAGAUAAAUUAGAAUACCCAAUACCAUCAAAAUGUGCUUUAAAAUAUUUUAAUGUUCCAGUGAGUAUGUAUAGAACCUUCUGUCUCAUUGAAACUGUUGCGAUAAUGGUAGCCUGUACUAAUAAUAUUGUCAUUGGUAUCAGUUAUAGUCAUUAUCUCGACUCGAUGGCGAGUGGACAAUGGAGUGACGAUGUCGCAUACGCGAUGACACCUUUUAAAUUAAUAUCGUGGCCUAUCGGCGUCUGGCCACUUCAAGUUUAUAACGUUUAUUCGUUGAUACGAUGUACCUUAGCCACCUGUUGCGCGGCCCUCGUGAUCGUCAUACCUUCCUUCGAGGUAUAUUUGGGCUGCACUGACCCGGGGACAAAAAUAGACUGUCUCAUGUUAGCCUGUGCCGGAAUACUUGGUAUGGUGAAAACACUAUCGUUCCGAAUUUAUGCAAGAAAGAUGGCUAACAAUUACGAUUCUGCUGUGAAUGAUUACUUGACAAUCGAAAACACAAAAGAACGUGCCAUCAUGCGGAGGUGA